AACGGGUUUGUUGAUCUGGGGGUAGACAGACUGAGGUGGGCGAUCACAGCUUCCGGUCGAUUUUUCUUUUUUUUUCUUCGAGCGUGGGAAAAUAAAUUGUGCCGCGCAUCAGUAGCGUUACAUCCCUCAUUCCCUUUACGCGCCGAUCACCAUACAUGCGUCCCCCGUCGCCGUGGGCUCCAUAGGAGGAUGCGCUGGGUUGACACAGUCUGCUGAGCGCCCCGGGGUGGGGGCGGUUAAGUUUAUGAAUUUGUAUGCAGCUUGUCACACAAUGCGGACGUCAUCUCCCCAGGAUUCGAAUCAUCUUUGGCGAUGUUUAGCCUUUUCUUCUUCGGUUACCUCGCACCCUGCUACCAGUGUGGAAUACAGCGAGGACAUCUGUGUUUUUGAGGACAUUAUCCGGGCAGAUCGGCAAUCAGUCGCAAUAGAAGGUUGCGUUCAUUUGAACCUGUGCUGCAUCGACUUAUAGCCCCACCACUGUUGCGUAUUCCUUUUUUUCCCUCCAACUCCAAAUGUGUGAUCCGUCCCCGCAGGGUCGCCGUCGCGGUUUGCCUCUCGCAAACUUGGGGAGUUCGUUUGCCCCCGUGGCACUGCCGCGGAUCCUGCGCUCGAGCGUUGAUCCUCGCACAUAGGAGGUGCAUGCGUCCGCUCGAUUUGUUCACAUGCACAGGCUGUCCCCGCGCCGCUAUACCCAAACGGCGACUUCUGAUAAGAGCAACGUCGUGUGGGAAGAGGAGGAUGAGAAAAAACGGGGGCGAAGAGAAGGGAAAAGAUUAGGUGAAAUUUGCCGCGAGGACGCCGCAGACGGUAUCGGACAUUAAAAGGAGGCGACGCCACAGAACAUGUCACAGACAAUGAGCUAAAACACCAGCGUGCAGGUAUGAAUACUCCUCUGAGGUCUCGUUGCGCGUAGAGUUUGGCAUAGCUCUUCACCAAGACUAUGGCUGUUGAUGCAUGUGUGGAAUUACGCAUGAACUGAUCUCCUCUUUUUUCCUCCAUCAUGUCCAACAAUAUUUCGAGUGACGGUGAAAGCUGAUUUAAUAUUACCAUGUAGUAUUUGGACAAAAAGAGAAAACCUGCUGCUAUAAAAAAAACCUAAAACAUAUUUGACAUUUCACACCACGGAACGGACCACUUAGCCGCCACCAUGGGACUGUGACCCGGGCUGCGAGCUCCGAGAGGCGGCCUGUUUGUGUUGGUCUGUACGCUCCUGCGCGCAGACUGGACCUGGGCGGUUGUGACAAAAUAUUUUUGUUGAGCCAUGGCCGCGGCCAUCGCGAGUGGGCUGAUCAGACAGAAGAGACAGGCGCGGGAGCAGCACCUAGACCGGCCCGCCACCAACCGACGGAGGAAGAGCCCCAACAAGAACAAGGGGCUCUGCAAUGGGAACCUGGUCGACAUCUUCUCUAAAGUGCGCAUCUUCGGCCUCAGGAAGCGGAGACUACGGAGACAAGAUCCCCAGCUCAAGGGUAUAGUGACCAGGUUAUAUUGCAGGCAGGGAUACUACUUGCAAAUGAACCCCGAUGGCUCUCUCGAUGGGACCAAAGAUGACAGCAGUAAUUCCUCUUUGUUCAACCUCAUUCCUGUGGGCCUCAGAGUCGUCGCCAUUCAGUCCGUGAAGACCGGUUUAUACAUCGCCAUGAACGGGGAGGGCCAUGUGUACACAUCAGAACUCUUCACAGCGGAGUGCAAGUUCAAAGAGUCGGUGUUUGAGAACUACUAUGUGAUCUACUCGUCCAUGUUGUACAGACAGCAGGAGUCGGGGAGAGCUUGGUUCCUAGGGCUCAACAAAGAGGGCCAAGCUAUGAAGGGGAACCGGGUGAAAAAAACCAAACCAGCUGCUCACUUCCUGCCCAAGCCAUUAGAAGUGGCCAUGUACAGAGAGCCAUCGUUGCACGACGUUGGAGAGACGGUGCCCAAGGUGGCCGCGCCUGGCAGUAAAAGCACAAGCGAGCCGGCGGUGAUGAACGGAGGCAAACCUGUCAGCAAGCCGGACGAGCCCGCCACAUAGCCCCGCCCCCCGACCAGCGGGAAGUGGGACGGGGGGGAGGGGGACGGGGG